AUGCCUUCAAACUUACCGUCCAGCUUCGCUUCGGCCGCUGCUGGCAGUCGCGACGCAAGAGCUGGCGCGAGAACCGAUGGUCGCGGCAGCUCCAGCGGAGACUGGUCUCGUGCGGGACGAUCCACCAACGGAACUCUAACCUUCCGCCGAACCUCUGCCACGCCUUCUAGCCAGCACGCGACCGAUUCGCUACAUUCAGCAGCUUCAGCCGACCCUGCCGUAAUUUCUGCCAUGCCCGUGGGCUCGACCGCUGUAGACAGCCCAGCACCUCAGAGAUAUACACGAGACGAGCUUUUGUCCAUUCUCAGUGUCACGCAGAACUCGCAACCGUCCGAUGUUUCGACUUUGUUCAUGCCUGGGUGGAAUCCUGGCCAUGUCAAUGGCGGCGCCGCCCGCGGCUGGGGCAAGAGCGGCGACUCCCAUGUUGUGCCUCAGGAUCCAGAUAUUUGUUGGGAUGCCCCUGGCUCAAACCGGGCUGUUGGAUUGCAAGACAUGACCGCCGAGGAGAGAGACCUAUUCGCGUCCGAUGUCAACUCUACCAUGAAGCCUCCCGCGCAGAACAAGGAUGGUAAUCACCAUGCUGGCGGAGCUUUGAAUGGUCGUAAAACCUCGGUCUCUCAUGGCGGUUCCAACUUCGGUCUUUCUUCACCCUCGACCGCCUCGCGACCGGGCACGAGACGAAGGGAGACGACCGACACGAACCCGUAUUCUGCCGGCGGGCUGACUUCGCCGACCUCUGCAAUCCGCCCCCCACGAGAUGAUCUUCCGUUCUGGCUCGCUCGACGGAACACGGACCUGAAGGACUCGACCUUCGAGGAGCCCGAGGAGGAAGCUGACAUUCGCGAUGCCCCAACGAAGCCUUUGCCGUUCGGUGGUCUGGUGCGUAACAACACGACUCCGAGCAGCCCGGGCUUUGGCGCAUCUUCUCCCUGGCAUUCGUCCCCUGCACCCAAUGUUCCGGGGAUGGGCACUUUCGGCAAUUUCGCCCUCGCUGGCUCUGCAGUUGGGGAGAAACGUCCUGGCAACGCGCGCGGUGAAAGCCGCUUGGCCCAUCUGCUUCCCAGGGACAGCUCUGAGAGCAUGACAAACAAGGCAAAUGAGGACCCAGGCCGUUCCUGGCGCCCCCGUCAUCGUACCGAUACCGAUCCCUUUGGGGACGAAAGUAUCUCGGGGAGUGCCAUGCUAGGGGGAGCCCAAGACACCAGCCCGCCUCCGAUGACCCACCCGCCUCUUUAUGAUACACCGGUGAAGGGCUCUGCUGGUGACUUUGGAAUGUCUGGUUUGAACCUGGGCAGCCGUGCCGAUCAUGAGAACACACCUCUGAGUCCUUCCGAGACCAACCCUUACCGAAGCCCCCCCGGAGAUCGCGGCGAGCAUGAUGAUGCUGGAGACAAGCUGCAUGGGCUAGGCGGUAGUUCAGAGCAAGCCUCUGCCUACGGUGGCGGAUUACCACGCUCUUUCGCUCACCCUGGUUUUGACGGUAGCGACCGCAGUCAGACAUCGAGCGUCGGUGCGAAGGUUUACCCACUGGGCAAUCUGACCGGGUGGCCAUCCUCCGGUACGCCGGAUCGCGAACGGGCGCCCUUUACAGGGUUUGGCGGCUCGCUGUUUGGCGGUAUGGGCGAUCUUCAGUCGCCAAGCUUAGGUAACCUCGGCGGCGUCUUCGGUCCUGCGUCGACCACGGGUAUUGGAACUUCUGGUUCCUUUGGUCGCGGAAGCAAACUUGGCUCGUUGUUUCCCCCAGCCAUGCAAAACCAGAUGCAGAACCAGAUACAGUCCCAUGACAACGAGAGCCUUGGCGACUCCAUUCCCGAUCUUCGUCAGAGCAAUCCCCUGGGUGCUAUCGGACGCAAUCCCCUCGGUGAUCAUGGACGGGAGACCGAGAGCCCCAUGAGGCCUGGUCGAGGCGUCUUUGCCGAUAUGUUUGCCCAAGCCGAGCCAGGUCGAACACCCGGGGCAUCGGAGUCUCUGCAUGGCGGUGUCCCCGGAGCCUCUCAGGGGCAAGCCUUUACACCCACCAGCAACGGGCCGGCUUUCCCUUCCACCCAGGCAGCGGAUCCCCCCCUCCGCCCAGGCCAUCAGCAAGGUCCCUUCACCGGACUGGAGAUGAACGACUGGUACAAGGCCAACUUCUUCACGCCAGACCUUAGAGUGAAAAAGGUAGAGGAUGGUGAGUUCGAGCCGUUAGGUCAGUUGAUAAGAAGAAUUGGCAACUCUCGCGAACCAUUCUUGGUGCCCCAGAUCGGCAUCCCACACGGGCCUCCUUCGCAGACUGGUCCGUUCUCGCCCAAUGCAGGCGGCGUGAUCCAGCCUCCUCUUGUCGGCGCCUUCCCCGCCUUUGGGCGCACUCUUACUGCCGAGGAACAGAAUAACUUGGAGAGACGUAAGCAGGAAGAACAAUACAUGAUGGCUCGCCAGCGGGAGUUUAUGUCCACCCAGCAGUCGACCGGCAGAGGUACGAUGUCGGGUGUACCGGGCCUGAAUCAUCAUUCCAGCGCUCACAGUCUGCAAAGCCAGCCGAGUUUCGGGAGCAUCACGUCGCCGAUCGGCAUGCCCCCGCAGGCUCCCAUCGGUGCCAUCGGUACAGGGGGUUCUUUUUUGGAGUCGCUAGCCACACGUCAACCCGCCGCGCAUGGUAGUUCUGGGCUGAGCCUCGACAUGUUUCGAGAUGAAGAGCUCACCCGAUUGUCCGUACCAGAGCGCCAGAUGUUGGCUAGCCUGCACGGGAACGGAGCGGUAGGCGGGAACCCUCCUCCCCAACCCAUUGGCAUGCGUAGCCAGCUGCCCGGGAGUGGCGAGCUUGCUGAAGAUGCUGAAGGCUUUCGAGGCCGAUUACAGGAAUUCGAGCAACUACGGGCACAACACGAUGCCGACAUGAUGGAGCAGCAGCAGAAAUUCGCAUCCCGGCGCCAGAACAUGGAAGAACAUGCGCCGGCUAUGCCAAGCCCUCGUACUCAAGCCCGCGAGUCGCAAAUUCCCGAGGAUUCAGACGAGUCGGAGAGCGGGCAGCAUACACGCAAAGCAGCAGCGCCCGUAACUUCCAGCAGAGAGUUCAAAGAAUAUCAACACGCUCAGGCAGCCGCAGCGGCGGCAAAGCUUAGCGGACUCCCAAUGCCAUUCCCGCCGCCCCCUUCGGCAACGCCUCUGCCAGCCCCAGCUCCACAGCGUGUCCGAUCUAAUUUGCCCGAGCAGUACGCGACAAGCUCCCGCUCCGGCACUCCCGAUAUGGCUUCUCCUGGAUCGACCCAGCCGCCGACCCUUGCGCCCUGGGCCAAGGACAGCGGUCCUGAAUCUCACAAGGGCCCGAGCCUGAAAGAGAUCCAGCAAGCAGAGGCUCUCAAGGCAGCUAAAGCUGAAGAAGCAGCAGUGUUGGCUCGACGGGCCAUGCUCGAACAGGAGGCCGCACGCGAACGCGAACGCGAGAAGGCUACUACGCUCGCUCCUGGCCUACCUACCAGCAGCACCUGGGGUACUGCGUCGCCCGUCAGCUCGGGGCAAAGCAGCAGCCCAUGGACCAAGCCUGCCCCAGGAAAGGGACCAGCACCUGGGCUCACAGCGGCAGCUCAAGCUUUGGAUAGGAAGAAGACGCUGGCCGACAUCCAGCGUGAGGAGGAGGCCCGCAAGCUAAAGGCCAAAGAGCUAGCGGUGCAGACUGGUGUACCCUCCAGUACCGGCAAGCGCUACGCCGAUCUCGCCAGCAAGCCCAACGCGAUGCCCCUCCCUGCAACUGCCCCUGGUAACAACACGACUGGUGGUCCUCCUGUAGGGUGGGCGACGGUCGGAGCUGGUGGUAAGGUCAAGUUACCCACUGGUCCUGCCUCGCAAGGCCGAUCCGCAAGUUCAACCAGCAUCAAACCGGCGGUUGUGGCGGCCCCUUCUCCUCGACCCACGAUCAAGACUGCCAACACGUCGACUGGUGCAGGCCGCACUGAAGCCAUGAAUGAGUUCACCAAGUGGCUCAACAGCCAGUUGACGCGGGGCAUUACAGGUGUUACGGACAUCGAUACCUUUGCGUCGACCCUCAUCGCGUUCCCGCUUGUAGAAGAAAUCAUUUCCGAUGCAAUAUACGCUAAUUCCAAGACCAUGGAUGGUCGUCACUUUGCGCAGGAGUUUAUCCGUCGCAAGAAGCUGGCGGAGAAGGGCGUGAUCGAGAAGCAGCCAGCGAACAGCCCCUCAACAGACACGCAGACUAGCAGUGCGGGUGGCUGGAACGAGGUGGCCAAGAAGACGAGUCACAAGGAAGCCGGUGAUGCCAACCCGAUGCUCGGUGCCGGCUUCAAGGGCCUGGUUGGCUCCGGCGUCCUGGAUGCUAUGAUCAAGAUGAAAGACGUCACCAAGAUAUCAAUCCUAAGCCGGAGAGACGUCAAGAUGGUCCAAGACAUUAAGGAUCCGCGUGUCAAGGUGAUCAUACAUAAUGAUUUCUCAAAGUACGAUCCGGCGGUCUUGUCACAGCUCAAGGGUGCUUCGGGAUGUGUCUGGGCCCUGGGAAUCUCGCAGACUCAAGUCGGCAAGGAGGAAUAUGUGAAGAUCACGAAGGACUACUCGCUGGCAGCCUCGGAAGCCUUCCAAGGCCUGGCCCCCGACAGCGAACCUUUCAACUUCGUCUAUGUCUCCGGCUACGGCGCUACAAUCGAGCCUGGUCGCGGCGCAGCCAUCUUCGCCCGCGUAAAAGGUGAGACCGAGCUCGCGCUGGCGAGUAUGCGCAAAGCGAAUCCUCUCUUCCACGCCAGCUCGGUGCGCCCUUGCGGCAUCGACGCGAGCGCUCAUGAGGCCAUAAAGCCUUAUAUUCCGACACCGCCCAUGUGGCACCGGCUCCUUGUGCCGCUGAUGAUGGCCCCCAUACGAAUCGGAUAUUCGAACCUGCAUAGCCCUACGCAAGAACUGGGCCGGUUCCUAACCGAAAUGGCAAUGGGGAAGUAUAGGUUCGAUUCGCCGGCCAAGGAUGUUCAGAUGGUCGGUCAGUUUCCGAUUUUGGAAAACUCGGCGUUCAGGAGGCUCUCCGGGCUUUGA